UAGCAAUCAAAUAAUCAAUCUUAAUUGCAAGAUACUGCCUAGACACAGAUAACCACCAGAACUCAUUGUCCAGAUUUGCCAAAGUCUUCAUAUGUUUAAAAUGUUUCCUUCUUUCUUCUGCCUGUGGUACGAAGCAGUUCCCACCCACUUGACGUUGUAGACUAAAUGAUUUACAUGCAUUGGCUCUUGGUGGUGGAACAAUCUGCCUGGAGGUUAAAAAAGUUCAUAGGAUGAGAGGCCAUCCUUUUUUUUUUUUCAUUGCUUAAUUUCAGCCUACUCCUUUAGAUGGAUGCAGUAUUCUUUCUCUUGGCUAAAAUUGGUUAGAGAGUCUUAUGCAAAGUAUAUGCUCUGUGUACUUCAUGUAUAUGGUGGACAGCCUGCAAAAGUUAUCUUGUCCCUCUGUCUGAACAGGAAGAGGUAACUGUGAUUUGGAGUAGGCCAGAACUGAGGGAUAUUGAGGGAGAACCUGGACGGGGGCUGUUAACACUACAGAUGGUAAUGCCUUACAAGCCAUUUCCUGUGUAGUGGAAGGGAGGCAAGUUGUUCCAGCCCAGAAAUUGCUUUAGUAGUGUCAGAGGAAUUCAGCCCAGUCCCCAGAAGUCUUUCCUUUAAUUGGAGAAGUCUUACUCCUGCCCACCCACCCUCAUUUCCUGUACGCAACAGUCAUGGGUUAGUACUCAUGACUUUUUCCCUUCUCUGAAUUACAAGCCCAAGUGAAGUCUUUUGGAUUCCUUCUUUGUGGGCCACAGUGUAGCUGGGGACGAAUGGUGAUCCAUCGUUUUAUUUUUUCUAUCUACAGAAUGGUUUAAGGGUUUUGAUUCUUGAGUUUUUAGCAGACAUACCUUUUUCUUUUUGACAACUAGCUGAAGUACAUUCCUUUAAGAUCCUCCUACACGCCAAAUUCUGAUGGGACCCUCAAAUAGCUCUGGCAAAGUGUUCUGUUUCUUUUGGAUUUGAUGAAUGCUUGUUUCUGUGAAGACGUGUAAUUAUUUCUUCCUCUAUUUCGCUGCAGAAGUUACGAGGAGAAGCAGCAUAAAACCAAAUAACUCCACCAGAAUGACCAGCAAUCACUCAGACUGCCAUUACUGCCUGCAGUCCCUCCGUGGAAGGAAAUAUGCAUUAAGGGAAGAAAAUGCUUAUUGUGUUAGAUGCUAUGACAGCCUAUUUGCCAACCCCUGUGAGGAGUGCAAGCAACCUAUUGAAUGUGAUUCCAAGGAUCUGGCUUACAAAGGCCGCCACUGGCAUGAGAGGUGCUUCAAGUGCACCAAAUGCAGCCGCUCUCUGGUAGAGAAGCCAUUUGCUGCCAAGGAUGAGCUCUUGCUCUGUACUGAAUGCUACUCCAAUGAGUAUUCAUCAAAGUGUUUCCACUGCCAGAAGACCAUUAUGCCUGGUUCCCGUAAAAUGGAAUUUAAGGGCAGUUCCUGGCAUGAAUCCUGUUUUGUUUGUCAGUAUUGCCAGCAACCACUGGGAACAAAACCACUGAUCACCAAAGACAAUGAGAAUUACUGCGUACCCUGUUUUGAGAAACAAUUUGCUCAUCAUUGCUACUCUUGCAAAAAGGUAAUAACUUCUGGGGGAGUGGCCUACCACGACCAGCCUUGGCAUAAAGAGUGUUUUGUGUGUGCUGGAUGUAAAACUCAGCUGUCUGGGCAAAGGUUUGUUUCCAAAGAUGAGUAUCCAUACUGUGUAGACUGUUUCAGCAAGUUUUAUGCUAAGAAGUGUGCUGCUUGCAAGAAACCUAUUACAGCUCUUGGAGGUGCCAAAUUUGUCUCAUUUGAAGAGCGUCAGUGGCAUGAAGAAUGCUUUAACUGUGCAAGAUGCUCAGUCUCACUGGUGGGCCAAGGAUUCCUCACCAAGCAGGAUAUGGUCCUUUGCCACGAAUGUGGUUCUCUGUAGUUCUGUGGAGAGCUCUAAAGAUGCAUUAUUCUCACUGUAUAACCAUGUAUUUUGUUACUCUGCAGUAAGAAAUUCAUCUAAAAGGUGUAUCGCUUACUUAGUAAUUCAAGUGACUUUCCAACAGCAGUUUAAUUCCAUCACAGUUCUGAACUGCUUGUUAUAAAAAUAAAUAAAUAAUCAGCCACGCACUGCCUCAGAAAACAGUGCAGAAAAGAUUAGUAUAUAUUUUAAAUUUAACUGCAGUAUGUUUCUCUUUGUAACACACUGCACUCUGCUGUUAGAAACUUUACCUUUCAUUUCCCAU